GUUGCUGUAGGUACCUUCCAGGGUCAGUGGACUGGUGGGAUGCGUCAUGGCUAUGGCGUACGUCAAAGUGUUCCAUAUGGUAUGGCCUCUGUCAUCCGCUCACCUCUACGAACCUCACUGGCUUCCCUUCGCAGUGAGCAGAGUAAUGGUACAGUACUGCGUGACAGCCUGUCUGACAGCCCUGCUGGCACACGUGGUGGCUUUGUACUCAACUUCCACUCAGACGGAGAAGGUUUAGAGAAGAAGAAAGGUCUUUUUCGCCGUGGCUCCCUCUUCGGUAGCCUUCAGCGACUACGCAAAUCAGACUCGCGCUCAUCAAUUUCCAGUAAACGCAGCUCAGCACACAGUGACACCACCAUGAGCCGCAUCAGUUCAAGUGACGCCAAUUCAACAAUCAGCUUUGGAGACGGAGACCCAGGUGAUGACUACCUGCCACUGGAGGACAAUGUGGAUGCCACCACUACUGAGUCCUACAUGGGCGAGUGGAAGAAUGACAAGCGCAGUGGCUUUGGUGUCUCUGAGCGCUCCAACGGCAUGAAGUACGAAGGCGAGUGGUUGAACAACAAGCGCCAUGGCUAUGGCUGCACCCUCUUUCCUGAUGGCACCAAGGAAGAAGGAAAGUACAAGAACAACGUGCUGGUGCGGGGCAUCAGGAAACAGCUGAUCCCACUGAAGAACACCAAGACCAAACAGAAGGUGGGUCGAGCCAUCGAGGGUGCAGUGAGAGCAGCCGCCAUCGCCAGAACCAAAGUGGAGAUUGCCAUCUCCAGGUAAAAUAUCCUGUGUAAAAUAAUCUCAGAAAACCACAACUAAACAUUUUGGCCUGUUUUCUGCAUUUAUAUUUAUAAAGUGCCCACAGAAAGUGAGGGUGUAAGUAAUGAAGGAUGACGAAAGAUCCCUGGGUGGA